AUGACGAAGUUCUUAUGUUGCGGGUGUAUGGUGGUUUGUUAUCCUCAUCGUAACAUUUACCUCAACAACAUCUACCCCAACAACAUCUACCCAAACAACAUUUACCCAAAUAACAUCUACCCCAACAACAUCUACCCAAACAACAUCUACCUCAACAACAUCUACCAACAACAUCUACCCUCAACAACAUCUACCCAACAACAUCUACCCAACAACAUCUACCCCAAACAACCUACCAAACAACAUCUACCCAACAACAUUUUACCCAAACAACAUCGACCCAAAACAACAUCUACCCAAAACAACAUGCUACCCCAACAACAUCUACCCAAACAACAUCUACCCAACAACAUCUACCUCAACAACAUCUACCCAAACAACAUCUACCCCAACAACAUCUACCCAAACAACAUCUACCUCAACAACAUCUACCCAACAACAUCUACCUCAACAACAUCUACCCCAACAACAUCUACCCAACAACAUCUACCCCAAACAACAUCUACCCAAACAACAUCUACCCAACAACAUUUACCCAAACAACAUCUACCCAAACAACAUCUACCCAAACAACAUCUACCCCAACAACAUCUACCCAAACAACAUCUACCCAACAACAUCUACCUCAACAACAUCUACCCAAACAACAUCUACCCCAACAACAUCUACCCAAACAACAUCUACCUCAACAACAUCUACCCAAACAACAUCUACCCCAACAACAUCUACCCAACAACAUUUACCCAAACAACAUCUACCCAAACAACAUCUACCCAACAACAUUUACCCAAACAACAUCUACCCAAACAACAUCUACCUCAACAACAUCUACCUCAACAACAUCUACCCAACAACAUCUACCCCAACAACAUCUACCCAAACAACAUCUACCCAACAACAUCUACCUCAACAACAUUUACCCAAACAACAUCUACCCAAACAACAUCUACCCAAACAACAUCUACCCCAACAACAUCUACCCAAACAACAUCUACCCAAACAACAUCUACCUCAACAACAUCUACCCAAACAACAUCUACCCCAACAACAUCUACCCCAAACAACAUCUACCCAAACAACAUCUACCUCAAACAACACCUACCCAACAACAUCUACCCAAACAACAUCUACCCAAACAACAUCUACCCAAACAACAUCUCUCCCAACAACAUCUACCCAAACAACAUCUACCCCAACAGCAUUUACCCCAACAACAUCUACCCAACAACAUCUACCCAAACAACAUCUACCCAACAACAUCUACCCCAACACCAUCUGCCUAAACACCAUCUACCCCAACAACAUCUACCCCAACACCAUCUACCCAACAACAUCUACCCAAACAACAUCUACCCAAACAACAUCUACCCAACAACAUCUACCCAAACAACAUCUACCCCAACACCAUCUCAUUUACCCAAACAACAUCUACCCAAACAACAUCUACCCAACAACAUCUACCCAACAACAUAUACCCAAACAACAUCUACCCAACAACAUUUACCCAAACAACAUCUACCCAAACACAUCUACCCCAACAACAUCUACCCCAACACCAUCUACCCAACAACAUCUACCCAAACAACAUCUACCCAAACAACAUCUACCCAAACAACACCUACCCAACACCAUCUACCCAACAACAUCUACCCAACAACAUCUACCCCAACAACAUCUACCCCAACACCAUCUACCCAACAACAUCUACCCAAACAACAUCUACCCAAACAACAUCUACCCAACAACAUCUACCCCAACACCAUCUGCCUAAACACCAUCUACCCCAACAGCAUUUACCCAAACAACAUCUACCCAACAACAUCUACCCAAACAACAUCUACCCAAACAACAUCUACCCAAACAACAUCUACCCAACAACAUCUACCCCAACAACAUCUACCUCAACAACAUCUACCCCAACAACAUCUACCCAACAACAUCUACCCCAACAACAUCUACCCCAACAACAUUUACCCAAACAACAUCUACCCCAACAGCAUUUACCCAAACAACAUCUACCCAACAACAUCUACCCAAACAACAUCUACCCAAACAACAUCUAUCUCUAAAACAUCUACCCCAACAACAUCUACCCAAACAACAUCUACCUCAACAACAUCUACCCCAACAACAUCUACCUCAACAACAUCUACCCCAACAACAUCUACCUCAACAACAUCUACCCAACAGCAUCUACCCCAACAACAUCUACCCCAACAACAUCUACCCAAACAACAUCUACCCCAACAACAUCUACCCAAACAACAUCUACCCCAACACCAUCUACCCAACAACAUCUACCCCUACAGCAUCUACCCAAACAACAUCUACCCCAACAACAUCUACCCUACAACAUCUACCACAACAACAUCUACCCCAACAACAUCUACCCAAACAACAUCUACCUCAACAACAUCUACCCCAACAACAUCUACCUCAACAACAUCUACCCCAACAACAUCUACCCAACAACAUCUACCCAAACAACAUCUACCCAAACAACAUCUACCCCAACAACAUUUACCCCAACAACAUCUACCCAACAGCAUUUACCCCAACAACAUCUACCCAAACAGCAUUUACCCCAACAACAUCUACCCAAACAACAUCUAUCUCUACAACAUCUACCCCAACAACAUUUACCCAAACAACAUUUACCCAAACAACAUCUACCCAAACAACAUCUACCCAAACAACAUCUACCUCAACAACAUCUACCAAAACAUCAUGGCAACAACUUGA